CACACGUGCGAGGAAAAAAGGUUGGGUGUGUGUCUCUCUCUCUCUUCCAAGUAGCAAACAAGGGAAAGGGACGAUGCGAUGCGAUCAGGCAAAGUGCAUUACUUGAAAACGCCGUCGUUUCAGGGAUCCAAUGCGGUUCGUAAUUUGAAAAAGGCAUUGAUUGAUUGAAAUCUAAAUCGGAAAAAUGAAAGGCGGAGGAGGAGGAGGCGGCGGAGGAAAACGGCGGUGGAAAGUUCUGGUGAUAGGAGUAAUGGUUCUUGUGAUCCUAUCAAUGCUGGUUCCUCUAGCUUUCUUGCUCGGCCUUCACAACAGCUUCCACUCUCCUGGCCUCGUCGUCACUCUCCAACCAUCUACUCCUUAUGAGAGCUUUAGCAGAAUCAAUGCUACUCAACAUUCACAGAGAGAUGUAUCCGAGAGAGUUGAUCAGGUUCUUCAAAAACUCAACCCAGUGCUUCCCAAGAAAAGGGACAUAAACGGUGGUUCCAGAGAUAUGAAUAGGACAAGCAUCAGUGAUUCUAAGAAGAAAGGAGUACCAGUGUCCCCAGCUGUUGUUGCCAACCCAAGCCCUGCAAAUAAAACAAAAACUGAAGUCUCGUACAAAGGUGUUCAGCGGGCGGUAGUUAGUGUUGAUGAAAGUCAGAGAACUUGUCAAGUGAAAUACGGGAGUUACUGUCUCUGGAGGGAGGAAAAUAAGGAACCGAUGAAAGAUUCCAAGGUGAAGCAUAUGAAGGACCUGCUAUUUGUGGCUAGAGCGUACUACCCAAGUAUUGCUAAAAUGCCUUCUCAAAGCAAGCUGACUCGGGAUAUGAAACAGAACAUCCAAGAGUUUGAGCGUAUUCUUAGUGAAAGUUCAGCUGAUGGUGACCUUCCACCACAGGUUGAUAAGAAGUUUGAGAAGAUGGAAGGUGUGAUUUCAAAGGCAAAGUCUUUUCCGGUUGACUGUAACAAUGUUGACAAGAAACUGAGACAGAUCCUGGAUUUGACUGAGGAUGAAGCAAGUUUCCACAUGAAACAGAGUGUGUUCCUCUACCAGCUUGCGGUGCAGACAAUGCCUAAGAGUCUUCAUUGCUUGUCAAUGAGGCUAACUGUGGAGCAUUUCAAGUCAGGCUCAGUUGAUAUUGAGGAUAGUGAGAAGUUUUCAGAUCCCUCGUUGCUUCACUUUGUUAUCAUCUCCGAUAAUAUACUUGCAUCUUCCGUUGUGAUCAACUCAACGGCUGUACACGCAAGGGAAAGUAAAAACUUUGUUUUCCAUGUACUGACCGACGAGCAGAACUACUUUGCGAUGAAACAAUGGUUCAUCAGGAAUCCCUGCAAACAAGCAGCUAUUCAAGUCUUGAACAUUGAGAAAAUGGAGCUUGAUCAGUCUGAUAUGAAGCUGUCUUUGCCUACAGAGUUCCGUGUCUCCUUCCCAAGUGGUGACAAUAGAGCAGACUACUUAUCAAUUUUCUCUCGAUCUCACUAUCUUCUUCCGAAAAUAUUUCAUAAGUUGGAAAAGGUUGUGGUUCUGGAUCAUGACGUUGUGGUCCAGCGAGACUUGUCUCCUCUUUGGGAGCUUGAUAUGGAAGGAAAAGUGAACGGCGCAGUGAAGUCGUGCUCUGUGAGAUUAGGUCAGCUAAAGAGUCUCAAGAGAGGAAGUUUUGAUGCUAAUGCUUGUCUCUGGAUGUCUGGAUUGAAUGUCAUUGAUCUUGCUAGAUGGAGGGAGCUGGGAGUCUCAGAAACAUACCAUAAAUUUUACAAACAGAUGAGUGGUGGAGCUGAGCCGAGAGAAGCAAUUGCAUUGAAAGCAAGCUUGCUUACGUUUCAAGACAAAGUAUAUGCUCUUGAAGACAAAUGGGCUCUAUCAGGGCUUGGUUAUGACUACUAUAUCAAACCCCAAACGAUAAAGAACGCAGCGACGUUGCACUACAAUGGGAACAUGAAGCCGUGGCUAGAGAUGGGAAUCCCACAGUACAAAAGCUAUUGGAGAAAGCAUCUGAACAGGGAAGACGGAUUCUUGAGUGACUGUAACGUGAAUCCUUGAUGAGAAAGAGAGUAAGUAGAAGAAAUUACACGGGGACAAUGCUGUAGAAGCAAGUCACACGCGCAAAGAAAAAAAGAUUUAGAGUGGCAUCUCAUUUUUUUGUGGGGGUAAAUAAACCCGAAUGCAUUGCAGAAGAAAUGCUGAAAGGGGAAGAAGCUAGCAGAAGUGGGUUAAAAAAUGAUUAGCAAAUUGAUUUUUUAAGAGACAGUGAUGAAGAUGAUUGCAAAAUCAGCUUUGAUAUUAUGAUUUCGAAAAGAAACUUGGAUGUUGUAUAUGAUUUUUGGUAAAGAGAGGUGUCCCAUCAUUCUUUUACUCACGUUAUUUUCCA